AUGCAUGUGGCUUUUCUAUUAGGCUUAGCGAAGUCCCUUAAGGGCUGUGCCCUUUCUCCUUCGUCCGUCCACAUACUCACUAGCACAAUUACUCGUCUUCCAUUAAUCCACGACUGUAGUCAUCAUGAAGAGUGCCAUUGUCACGCCAGCAGACGUCCAAAGGCUGCAAACUUCGAUGUCCGCCCGUCUUCGUUCUUCCAACACCACGAUCAAUUGCCGUCUCCCGAGGAAGUUCGAUCGCGAGCGCGGGCUCAAUAUUCUGCUGGUACUUACUGGGGUUGGAGGACGGGAGGCGUAAAGGAGCGCUAUAACCGUCGCCCUACGCCCGCCGUGUUUGAGGAAAUGUCACUGUUCGUUAAGUGGGGCAGCGAGAUUAAGGUCAUUGAGGGACAAACUCUUUACGCACUUCGACACAGUUGCGGAGACUCUGUACCUGUUCCCGAAAUCUACGGAUGGCGUACCGAUGGCCAUGAAACUUUUCUUUAUAUGGAGGCAAUAAGUAGGACGACGUUGGAAGAUGUGUGGUCGGGGAUGGAAGAAGAUGACCGAUUGCGGAUCUGCAGUGAACUUCGAACUAUUCUACACAACUUACGUCAGCUCAAACAGAGUCCUGAGGACAAAUUCAUCGGCAGUAUCACGAGAGGCAACUACUACGAGAGAGCCCUCUUCUUUGAAUCUCAAUCUGAGACCGGCCCGUUCACUUCUGUAAAAGACUUUCAUGAUUGGUACACACUCCAGUACAAGCGGAAGAUGCCUGAUCCAGAGACGGUACCGGAACCGUAUCGCAAGGAACUCCCUGAUGACAGCGAAAUAGUCUUCACACAUGGAGACCUUCAUCCAAGCAAUAUCAUUAUAUCCUCCGCUCCGCCACGGGUCGCUGCAGUUAUUGACUGGGAGCAGUCUGCCUGGCUACCGGGCUAUUGGGAGCAUUGCAAGGCUCACGGGACACAUAACAAGCUGAGUGGAUGGUAUGUCAAAUACUUACCACUGAUUCUGGAUGGACUCCCGGGGGACGAGCGCAUUCGGGAUGCAUGGUGGUAUUACACGGAUCCCGUGGGUUUCUGAGAUUAGCGUUUAUAGAGCCCUGCUUUUGCUUUCAAUCUACUCUUUGACGUCCGUGU